UCCAUUCUCACCCCCUUAUGUUUAUUUUUGAAUUAACACAUUCAACAACAAAUAAACCAUAACCAUCACACUUCCCAUUAUAUUUUAUUCUUAUUUAUUCAAAACUAACUUCUUCAAACUCUUUUCAUUCUGAUCUGAUUCUGAAUUUCAGAAAAAUGGGUACUUUCUGUGAUAAAACUGAAACUUCAGACCACAAAUGCAGUAGCAAGAAAAUGGAGGUAGAUGAAGGUUUGAAUUUGAACACUGUUGCAUGUCUAAGAGGGAGGUUAUUAGCAGAGAGACAUGCUUCAAGAGUAGCUAAAGAACAAGCAGAAGCAAUGGGCAAAAAGUUGGUUGAGUUGGAGAAAUUGGUUAAAGAAGAGAUUAAAUUAAGAGAUAAAUCUGAGAGAAAGCUGAAAUUGUUAAGGAAAAAGCUUGAAUCUUCUAGCAAAUCCUCUAAAGCAAGCCAAUUAGGGUGUUCUGAGUCUUCAAAAAAAAGUAAAAAUUCUUGUGGUUCAUCAACAAUUAGUUCAAAUUCGAAGAAUUCAGAAGCAAAUGAAACUCGAAAUUGUGCGAAAGAUUCGGCUUUGACAGAAAGUUUGGUGGCAAAUCACAAUGGUUCAAGGUCAGAGAAUGGUUCAUCCAGUACAAAAGAUUGUGAAUCUCAGAUUACUGAUAAUAGUUCAAGUAGUAAUUAUUCAGAACAUGGUUAUUCUUUGAAGAUUCUGAGCCUGGAUUCAAAUCAAAGUUUUGAGUAUGAGAGUUUGAAGAAUGAUGAAAUUUCUGAGGCUAAGGAUUUGAAGAAUGAUGAAAUCAGGCUUUCUAGUUUAAGCACAAAGUCAUCAGUGACAGGGAAUGAGAGUGAUCAUGCAGAUUCCUUUGAUAAUUCUUUGGCAUUAGUUCCUGUGACUGAGAAUAUGACAGCAACAUCUCAAGCUUCUACUAAUAACAAAAAAGUCAAUGAAAGUGUGUUUGAAGCUCUGGAUGCAUUAAGGGUUGCCAAAGAAAAACUUCAAAGUUCAUUGGGAACAAGGCAAAUAGUUCAAGUUGGCCUAAAUUGACCUCUUGCUAUAAGAGAUCCUAAUAAAUGCGUAUUUGAAUUGACGCUGAGUUUGAUGAAAUCACGAUGACACUUUGAUUUUGUUGAAGCCUCGAACCAAUAGCAAAACAUGAUUCUGUCAAACUCAUUGUAAAUUCAAAUAUGUUUCAAGGCAAUGUAUUAUUAUAGGAAAUGAGAUUAUUCAGUAUAGGUGUAAAACAACAAUAACCUUGAGUAAUGGUAACGGUAGAAGAUUGGUAAAGUUCUUGUGAAUUGUGGUUUUUCACUUAUCACAUAAAACAUGUGACAUUGAAAUGUGUUGUCAGAUUAAGGAUUAAAAUCUUGUGUCUAUGUCCUUUGUGCUGUUGUUUUUUCAUUCACUUUUGGUGACUUUUAUGUGG